GGAAAAAACGCGCUCACACACACACACACUCGCACACUCACUCACACACACUCGCCGAGUGUCCGAGCCCCGCCGUGCGUUAUGAAGUGCGCGCCUGGAUAAGCAGACCUGCCUGUGCUGAGCUGUGCUAAGCUGUGAUGUCCUAUGCUGAGUGUCUUCUUUGCUUCUUCACUUUGGAUUUUAAUUAGGAUGAGUUUGGAUAUGCGCAAACGGGAUAAAGAGAAGCCUUUUCCUGCCCGCAGAAGUAAAAUAAAAUAGGGUUUCGUCGACACUGGAGUUAAUCCUCUCAUUCCCUAUGAAGAAGUCAAAAAUUUGGAUACGCACCUGUGUCCAUUUAUUACUCUACAUCACAGUUGCUGCUUAUUCCAGGGAAAUUGGAAACCCCAUAACAGAUGACAUCAAGAAGAUUUCAUUGCUGAAGCAGAAUAUACCAAAAGAUUACAAGAUCACAAUCAAGUACUUACCUGAAGAAGUGAGUGGAACGUGCUGGGUGAAUCUAAAUGUAUUCCACUUGGAGGAGAGCUUAAAAGUCCUGGCCCAGAAGUUUGGGAAUAUUUCCUCCAAUAAAGACAAUAUAGAGACUUUUGUCCAAAUGUUGCGUGAGAUGCGGUUUCAUAUUGGACACACCUUGGAGGAUGAUAUGCAGCAGUUUGAGUGCCACUACAGAGAGGAGAAGUGGCUAACAGCACGCUACUUUGAAUUUGUGGAAGGCUUUUUCAAUACUGCCAAUUCUUCGAGAGAAGAGGCAGGCUGUGAUUCCCCCCCUUGUCCCACAACAACAAAAACAACAAUAUCAACAACAGUAACAGCAUCAGUGACACACCAUCAUUCACGAGGUAGUUCAUUUGCACAGAACAGCACUGCAGAAAAAGAGGCUACAAAUCAGAGGAUUCUUCCAGAGGUGUUGGAGAGGAGCCUCUUGUCUCUUCUCUUUAUUCCUCUCAUUGGUGUGGUCUUCCUGCUCAUCUGGAAGGUGAAAUCCAGAAGAAAUGACCCACCCGUGCAAAGGAGUUCAGAAGGCCCUCCGCUGUUUAUUGGAGCUGAAGCCAGCGCGCCACCAUUAGAUGACAUAUCAGAAAAGAACAGAUUAACCUUGGUCAGAGAGGUUUAAAUCUUCAGUCUUCGCUGUCGACAGAAGAGAGAUACUCUCAGCUGCAAGGGACAUGUGCUGGCCUCAAACAAAAGAACUGCCCAUUGAGUUUCAAUGCUUUUUCUAAGAACAGUGACUGGACCUUUUUUUGGAAGGUUGGGUGGGGGUUUGGUGGGGGAGAAAAAGUGACAAUGUCACGGUCAAUGUAUGGCAGGCUUGUUUUUCCACCUGAGGAUUUGCUGACCACCACCAUGAAAGCAACAGGAGACUGUGCAGGAAGAUUGCAGCACGUUGCACUGUAUUGCAGUGCACAGAGAUCCUUUGGCCUUUCUGGAACCAUCUGGAGGUGUGGCACACUGAAAUGAGGACUGCAAAACACGUUUCUGCCUGAUGUGCUUGCGAGUUUUGGGCCCGGCGCCAAAUGGGCCUGAGCGUUCCUGAAUAAGCUGGAGGGAGUGGAGCAAGAAAUGACUACCUCCAGUUUACGUUGGUCCUUUUGCCUCCUGCGUCAUCUGUCGUAGAGCUCUGUCGCUCUUGGUUUGGGCAUCCAGCUAGACACUGCUUCAUCCUUGAGUGAUUUUAAUCAGUAAAGAUCUUCUUCUGUAACUGUAUCAUCUGAAUUGUGUAUCAUUUUUAUUGUUACUUAACUGGUGGUGUGGACUUAAUUUAUUUAUUUUCUGAUUAUGUGUCUGCAAGAGAAUUUGCUGCUCCUGCAUGGAAAUGUAUAGUGAUUAAGAAGAUCUUGUGGACAAAACACUACAUUUGUAUGCCAUAAUGCUUAACUGCACCUCUGCUGCAACCAUCAAGCUAACUCUAGUUAACCCUUGAGUUUUAAACUACUGUUUAACACUUCUCAAGACUUCUGCCGAUAUUUACUUGAUGCUUCCCAUUCACACAAUUUCCUUCAUAAUAUAUAUAAUCAUAAAAAAACAUUUUUGUUUUCAUUUGAUACUUCUCUGAAUCUAUGUUUGCAGUAGGCCUGAAGUUCAGAACCCCCCUGUGAUUCAGUUCCUUUGGACAUGAUGUCACUACUAUGAAUCUUCUUUCAGUGUUUUAAAAUCAUGUAGAAAAUGGCUGCUAAUCGUAUAGAACAUUCAGCGUUGGGUUUUGUUGUUUGUUUUUUAUGGGAAUCAAUUCUGUGUUCUGUUCCUAAUAGUUCCCAUCUGCAUUUGUAUGUUACAUAUUGAACAGAUUGUGCUUGCGAGAGAAUGGACAAAAGACACAUCAAACCAACCCACUAUUUAUGGCAGCGCAGCUCCGAAGGCUUUGUACGUUUAUCUCCAAAUAUAAGCUUGUGUAACUAAAGCAUUAUUCAUAGUUAUGCAACACAAAGGUAACCAUUUCUUAUGAGAAGUCUUUUGUUGAUACAAGAAGAGUCUGUACAUCACAGCAACUCUCAUCUUACAAAAGGCAAUACCUUCAUCAUUUUGUGCCUUUUGUAAACUAAAACUAGUGUCCCCAACCACAAUUAUUAUUGUUAUUAUGGAUAUGCAGCCAUAUAUUUAUUCCAACAAGCCCUGUAAGUUAAGAGCAUCUUUUAAGCAGUGUUGUACUAUUUCCAUCAUAAAUCAUUUCAGUCAGUCGUCAGUGAAACACAUAGCUUUAGGCAAAUUAUGACUCCUCAGAAUGGUUUCUUCUGUUAGUAUGAAAUGGUAGUCUGCAUGCUCUUGUCUCUACUGUUGUUUAAAAAACGAACAUGUACAUAUUGAUUUUCUACAAAAUAAUACAUUUCAAAUGAAGUGCUGAGAUCAUUAAGUUGUAGUUCAUGCCCUGAACAUGUCUGCAUUCUCCAGCUGGUUGUAAUGAUCUUUAUGGGAAUGACCUGUUGCCUGCUUCUAUGCGGUUUACCACUUUGAUGAUCCCAAAAGAAACCUGUUGCCCAGGCAUACCAUUAAGUUUCCUCUGAAGCCAAAAUGCGUGAAUGUGAUUUGUGACAGUGGGCGGUAGUAAGUGAAGUCUACCAAUUAUGAAAGUUUACAGCCUUAUAUGCAGUAUGGCAGUGACUCAGAUUCCUCUUACAUCUAUCUUCUGCUUCAUUAGUGCUGGAUGAAUCAUAUCAAGUACUCAGUUUAAGAAUAUUGGCAUCAUAAGUGGGCUCAGACAAAAUGCAGGACCACCAUUUAAUCUACAGUGGUAUGAAAAAUGUUGGGCCCCCCUGAUAAUUCUCAUGAUUUUCCUUUUGUAAAUCAUUGGUUGUUUGAAUCAGCAAUUUCAGUUAAAUAUAUCAUAUAGCAGAUGAACACAGUGAUAUUUAAGAAGUGAAAUGACGUUUAUAGGAUUUACAGAAAGUGGAAUAAUUCUUUAAACAAAAUUAGGCAGGUGCAUAAAUUUGGGCACCUUAACAGAAAAAUUACAUCAAUAUUUAUUAGAUUCUCCUUUUACAAAAAUAACAGCCUCUACACACUUCCUAUAGCUUUCAAUGAGAGUCUGGCUUCUGGUUGAAGGUAUUACAAAACAUCGCCAGUUCAGUCAGGUUUGAUGGUUUCUGAGCAUAAACAGUCUGCUUUAAAUCCCACCACAGAUUUACAAUAAUAUUCAGGUCUGGGGACUGAGAUGAUCAUUACAGAACAUUGUACUUGUUUUUCUGCAUGAAUACUUUAGAAGAUUUUGAGCAGAGUUUAGUGUUUAGUGUUUAGGAUCGUUGUCUUGUUGAAGUAUCCAGCCCCGCCCCAACUUCAAGUUUCUCACUGAUUCUUGAACACGGUUCUAAAGAAUCUGCUGAUAUUGACUGGAAUCCAAAUAAACCCUGAACUUUAACAAGAUUCCCAGUACCUGCACUGACCACACAGACCCACAGCAUGAUCACUGCAUUACACUUCCAUACAGCCUCUCCUUGUGUAAAGUGCGCUGAAUAGCUGAAUGAUGCACAGUGACUCCAUCUGCAGCAAGAUGAUGAUGUAGGUCUUUGGAGCUGGUCUGUAGGUUGACUGUGGCUGUUCUCAUUAAGAUUUUUCUUGAUCUUUCAAUUCGGGUCUUAACUAGAACUGUGCCUGUGAUCUUCCAUUUCCUCACUGUGUUCCUCACAGUGGAAAUUAACAGCUGAAAUCUCUGAGAUUUGAGCUUUUUUUAUCCUUCCUCUAAAUCAUGAUGUUGAUCAAUAUUUGUUUUCAGGUCAUUUGAGAGUUUUGUGUUUUGAGGCUACAAUGUUUCCACUCUUCAGAGAGGAGAAAAACUUGCAGUUGGCCGCCUUAACCCUUUCUCUUAAUUGGGUUCACCUGUGUAUGUAGUUCAAGGGUCAAUUAGCUUACCAAACAAAUUUUGUGUUCUAAUAAUUAGUGCUAAAGGUAUUCAAAUCAAUAAAAUUACAAGGGUGCCCAUGUAUGCACCUGCCCAAUUUUGUUUAAAGAAUUAUUGCACACUUUCUGUGAAUCCUAUAAACCUCAUUUCACUUCUCAAAUAUCACUGUGUUCCUCUGCUAAAUGAUAUAUGUAACUGAAAUUGCUGAUCCGAACAAACAAUGAUUUAUAAAGGAAAAUCAUGAAAAUGAUCAGGGGUGCCCAAACAGUUUUAUACCACUGUAGAAAACAACUUUGCAAUGUUACAGCGUGUAUGCUCACGUGGUCAAGUGAUAUGUUGUGUUCAAGUUGUAAGAUGGCUUAGUUUGUGCCUGUGUACUCAUCUUGUCAGAGGAAAAAAAAGUCAGCUCGGUCCUGACAUUCAGGAAGUUCAGUGGUGAUUUGAGGUCGUGUGAGUGGGAGUUCCUUCAUUUGUAAAGUAAAAGAAAAAAUAAACAGCACAGAAAUGUUGUGCCAGUGGCUGGAUAAAAGUAAAAAAUGAGGAAAGUUUGUACCAGUGUACUAAUCAUCAAAAACAUUGUAAGUAAAGCUCAGCAGAUAUAAAGUUGUUUCCUAUUUGACUCUUGCGUGGAUACAGGUUGUGAAAGCUGUGAAACAUUGUGUGAUGGCAUUACCCGUUUUUCUAGCCGCCUAAGAGCCUCUAAAACUCCAAACCUGUGGAGAAGUAUGUGACACAGGCUUACGACCACCGUCUUAAAACCAAUCAUAGAUCAUUUGUUACAUACGAGCCCAACAGGGAGAAGAGAAACUGUGUGAUGUUCAGCACAUCUCAUCAGCCGUGUUUAAGUCCAGCUUUAUAUUUAUAUAUUCCUGCAUGUUUGGUCACAGAACAAGGCUCUUAGUCAGGAAGAUAGUCAGGGUGCCAAACGCGAAUAAGUAAUUGUGGCCCAAGUGAUAACUGGGUGACAGUCUACUGUAUUCUGUAUUUUUAUAUGAAAAUAUGCAUAUAAUGAAAAUAUAUGUACAAGAUGUGAAUAAAGAACAUUUAUCCAAAAAGAA